CAUCUGACAACGAUGGCCCGGGGGCCGAGACCGAGAGAGCUACAUGGAAAAAAUAUGCACCAAACAAGCCACUUUGAAAUGUACCUGUUUUGAGGAAUAUAAAAGUUGGGUGACCCUCCCCUAUAGACUAAAAAAAGUUGGAUGACCUUCCCCUAUUUUCCUGCGGUGGACCUUUCCAUAAAUACCAAAAAAAAAGGUGCACUAAUGCCACCGAUUGAUUUAAUUAAUGUACAUUUUUCCAUGAAUAUUUAUUUUGUGCAUGGGGUUCAGUCAAUUGUUUGUAUUGGCUUUACUGUUGCAGAAUGGAAAACACACCCAACCUGCGUGUGGAGGCUGGAGAGCUGGUGCUGAUGCCUUCCAAGCAGGCAGCCACUGUGGAGAAAGUUCAUCUUUCUCAAGUGGCUAAAGGGGUGCCCUUUGUCCCGAAGUACCCUGAGGCUGUGCUGGGGGAGGCCAAGGUCAGGGUCAUCCAAGGUGGAGGGAAUCCCUUUGAUGACCUGCUGGUGGCUAGUCAAAGUCCCAUCCAGUUUGGUCAAUACAGAGGGAAACCCUUCAAAUGGAUGCUAGAGAAUGACCUUGGCUACUCCCUCAUGGUCCUGUCUGGGCAUCAGCGGGAGCGCGAGGCUGGCAGGCUAGACAGAGGUGCCCUCAUGGCCAAUAAGGAUGCCUUUCUCCAAUAUGCCUGCACAUUUGAGAGGGUCGCAGAAGCCAUCAAAGUGCGCAGGCAGAUAAAGGGGACGUUACCUGGCUGUGAGGGUGACUGUCCGGAGGGCUUUGGGGUCCACAAGAAGAGCACCUACAAGGAGCUCUAUGAGGCCAAGGACAGGGAGAGGAAAAGCUAUGUGGAGUUCAUCCGGAACAAGGGCACCAAUACAGGCAGCAAGAUGGAUGCCUUGAAGAAAUACAUCUUGCUGAGAGACCAGCAGAGGAAAAAGAAGUCAUCUGCAUCCUAGCCUGCCGUCCCUCAUCAUUCACGUUUGGCUUCUCCUCCUCCCACCCAAAGCUCCCAUUCCCAGCCAGCCACAGCACAUGUACUUCCACCACCUCCAGCGCCGAUCCGCUCACCUCGCUUAGAGCAAAGAGCCGCUCAAAGGCUGGUGUCAGCGGCUUCUGGGGUAUGGUUUUUCACACCAGAAGUUGGUGGUGCCCUCCCCAGCCACGCCUGGAGUAUAAUCUGCCUUCAGCGUCACCGGACGCGUUUUUCAGCU